GAGUGACUGGGUGACCUCCUACAAGGUUAUGGUGAGCAAUGACAGCCAUACAUGGGUCACUGUUAAGAACGGAUCUGGAGACAUGAUAUUUGAAGGAAACAGUGAAAAGGAGAUCCCUGUCCUCAACGAGCUGCCCGUCCCCAUGGUGGCCCGCUACAUCCGCAUCAAUCCACGGUCCUGGUUCGACAACGGGAGCAUCUGUAUGAGGAUGGAGAUCCUUGGCUGUCCACUGCCAGAUCCAAAUAACUAUUAUCACCGAAGGAACGAAAUGACCACCACUGAUGACCUGGAUUUUAAGCACCACAACUAUAAGGAAAUGCGCCAGCUGAUGAAGGUUGUGAACGAAAUGUGCCCCAACAUCACCAGAAUUUACAACAUUGGCAAGAGCCACCAGGGCCUGAAGCUGUAUGCCGUGGAGAUCUCCGACCACCCUGGGGAGCAUGAAGUUGGUGAGCCGGAGUUCCACUACAUCGCAGGGGCCCAUGGCAACGAGGUGCUGGGCCGAGAGCUGACCUUGUUGCUGAUGCAGUUCCUGUGCCAAGAGUACUUGGCCCGCAACGCGCGCAUCGUCCACCUGGUGGAGGAGACCCGGAUUCACAUCCUCCCCUCCCUCAACCCCGAUGGCUACGAGAAGGCCUACGAAGGGGGCUCGGAGCUGGGUGGCUGGUCCCUGGGGCGCUGGACCCACGAUGGCAUCGACAUCAACAACAACUUUCCCGACUUAAACACGCUGCUCUGGGAGGCAGAGGACCGACAGAACAUUCCAAGGAAAGUUCCCAAUCACUAUAUUGCAAUCCCUGAGUGGUUUCUGUCUGAAAAUGCCACGGUGGCGGUAGAGACCAGGGCUGUCAUAGCGUGGAUGGAAAAAAUCCCCUUUGUCCUGGGCGGCAACCUGCAGGGGGGCGAGCUGGUGGUGGCGUACCCCUACGACAUGGUGCGGUCCCUGUGGAAGACACAAGAGCCCAGCCCCACGCCCGACGACCACGUGUUCCGCUGGCUGGCCUACUCCUACGCCUCCACACACCGCCUCAUGACCGAUGCCAGGCGGAGGGCAUGCCACACAGAGGACUUCCAGAAAGAGGACGGGACUGUCAAUGGGGCCUCCUGGCACACUGUCGCUGGAAGUCUCAAUGAUUUCAGCUACCUUCACACCAACUGCUUCGAGCUGUCCAUCUAUGUGGGCUGUGAUAAGUAUCCGCACGAGAGUGAGCUGCCCGAGGAGUGGGAGAAUAAUCGAGAGUCCUUAAUCGUGUUCAUGGAGCAGGUCCAUCGCGGCAUCAAAGGUGUGGUGAGGGACUUCCAUGGGAAAGGAAUUCCGAAUGCCAUUAUCUCUGUGGAAGGCGUUAACCAUGACAUCCGAACAGCCAGCGAUGGGGAUUACUGGCGCCUCCUGAACCCCGGAGAGUAUGUGGUCACAGUCAAAGCCGAAGGGUUCACCUCAUCCACCAAGAACUGCAUGGUCGGCUAUGACAUGGGGGCCACGCAGUGUGACUUCACACUCAGCAAAACCAACCUGGCCAGGAUCAGGGAGAUCAUGGAAAAGUUCGGGAAACAGCCCAUCAGCCUGCCAGCCAGGCGGCUGAAGCUGCGGGGGCGGAAGAGACGACAGCGCGGGUGACCUCCCAACACUUGAGACCUGUCCCGGACCCUUGCAAAUUAAACUACCCCCAGUUGUAGCUCCAUAGAGGACUUGCUCCCUAUUGUUUUCUCUGUAAUUCACGAAGGCCUGGGAGAAUGUGUGUAUUGAAAGCCUGGUCCCGAGGGGAGAGCUGAAAGCUUAGGAUAUUUGUUGUUGUCUUUGUCCCAUUUAUCCAAAUAACUCAGAUCAGCAGAGAAAGGCUGGUAGGAGUGAGAAUUCAGCAACUCAACCUGAGAAUUAGAGACAGAGAGGGGGCUUGCCAGCUCAGGGUCUCCUGGCUGCACCGGAAGGGAAGCUGGUGCUCCCCUCCCCCCACUUGCUUGUGUGACAGCAAGAGGUCCUCGUGCAUUUGCAUUUUGCGUGGCUCCAGUUGCAGCACUCCUGGGGCCCUGCGGUGCCAGAAGUUACCAUCUGAGAUGCUCACGGGCAUUCUGACAGAAUCUACCCUCUCUGGCCCCGGGACAUUCCAAGCUGCCACAGAUUAAUUCCAUGCUCUGUUGACACCAGAGCCAUUACCAAGUGAGCAUCUGUGAGCCUCUUGAAUCCAUAUAGUCCCCCUUUCCACAAAGGACUGUGUUUAUAAAAGGAGAAAAAUGCUGAACUAGUUCACCAGUGAUUGGUGGGCAGCCGGAGUGCAGGGUCCACAGAGAACCCCCAGGCUCCCUGCUGGUCCAGCAGCCCCGGGUGCCACCUGGACAGGGACAAGCAGAAGAAGGCGCCCUUCCCAAGGGAGUCGAUCACUCAGCCUGGCUCCCCUCUUUGACCUGCAGGACUCGAGAAGGGCCGGAGGGAGGCUGACUUGCAACCCUCUCUCUGCUCAAGAUGUUCCUCCUUUCAUAGAAAUGAGCGCUCGUAAGUUGGCCUAACAUCACCAAGGGAGUUAUUUUUGAUGUGUGGGAUGCCGGACCUUCCACUUAGGCCAAAUGUGAUGAAAAGCUCUUAGAGUUAUCUGUGGAAUAUUGGUUUGGGAGGGGUGCUACAAGAAAACACUUUGUCUUCUUUGUAUGAACGUUGCUGCCUCACUGACCUGGGGAGAGUAAGAAGAAUAAAGCAAGCUGAUGGUGAGA